AUGAAUUUGGAAGAAGGAAACCAAACAACCCCUAAAGAAUUCAUCCUCCUAGACUUCAAUAUCAAGGAUCAACAGAUUCUACUUUUUAUCUUGUUUCUACCUAUCUACUUUGCAACAAUGGUGGGGAACAUCCUCAUUGUUGUUCUUGUGCUCAUUCAUCAGCACCUUCACACCCCCAUGUACUUCUUCCUGGGGAAUCUGUCCGUUUUGGAGACCUGCUACAGCUCAACCAUUAUGCCGAGAAUGCUGAUCAGAUUUCUAAGUGGGAAUCACAGCAUUUCUGUAAAUGGGUGCUUUGCCCAACUGUAUUUCUUUGCAUUUCUUGCAGCCACUGAAUGUUACUUUCUAGCAGUCAUGUCUUAUGACCGUUAUUUGGCAAUAUGCAGACCACUGCAUUAUGCAAUGCUCAUGAACCACAGAAUUUGCAUCCUCUUGAUUGCUGCUUCCUGGAUAUUUGGAGCAGUGAAAAUUGGUAUUGUAGUGUUUUUGGUGUCUCGGUUGUCUUUCUGUGGACACAACAAAAUUAAUCAUUUCUUCUGCGAUUUCAUCCCAUUGAUAAGACUCUCUUGCGAUGAUACCUAUUUAGUGGAAAUUACUCUACUGAUAUUCUCCUUCAUAGGCACUCUGCUCCCACUAUUCAUAAUUAUAAUAUCUUAUGUUUGCAUCAUUAAGAGCAUCUUAAAAAUCCCAUCCACUGUUGGGAAACAAAAGGCCUUCUCCACUUGCUCCUCCCACCUCAUUGUGGUGUCCUGCUUUUAUGGGUCUUUGAUGAUUGUUUAUGUAUUACCGAACAUCAGCUCACUGAGUGAGGUGAAGAAAUUGUUCUCGCUGUUCUACACACUUCUCACCCCUCUGGUCAAUCCACUCAUAUACAGUUUGAGGAACAAAGAAGUCAAGGAAGCAAUGCGGAAAUCUUUCCAGAUUCACCAUAUGAGACCGUGA